CCCACGGCCACUGCCCAGGCCAGCUUAUCUCAGCCCAGCGGCAAGUUCGAGGGCGGCAUCAGCAUGGCUGGGAGUUGGCAGGUGAAGGCACAGGCAGGGGGGAUGCUGCUGGCCCUCUUUGGGUGGGUCUCCUCCUGUGUCACCACCUUCGUGCCCCUCUGGAAGAACCUCAACCUGGAGCUGAACGAGAUGGAGAUCUGGAACAUGGGGCUCUGGCAGGUCUGCAUCACCCAGGAGGAGGGGGCGGUCGAGUGCCAAGCUCAUGCCUCCUUCCUGGCGCUGCCGCCUGAGCUGCGCAUCUCCCGCCUCCUGAUGUGCCUCUCCAAUGCGCUGGGGCUGCUGGGCUGCCUCCUUGCUGCUCUGGGGCUGGAGGGCUGGAGACCCUGUGAGGACAAACCUGGGCUGAAGCGGCGGCUCCUGCUUGCCGGGGGAGCGGCACUCGGCAUAGCAGGGAUGGCCACCCUGGCACCGGUCUCCUGGGUCGCCUACAACACUGUCCUUGACUACUGGGAUGACACCGUCCCCGACAUCGUCCCUCGGUGGGAGUUUGGGGAGGCCACCUUCCUGGGCUGGUUCGCUGGGGUCUUCCUCGCCGCCAGCGGGCUGCUCCUCGCCUGCAGCACCCGUCCCACGAGGACCACACCACCACCGGUCCCUGCCUGCCACCAGCUCCCUGCCGCAGGAGGCCUGGCUGGGGGCCACCACCCACACCCCAAAAAUGCAGACCUGGUCAUCUAGGGAGCCAGGGGGCUGUGCCCUGUGCGCCUGUCAGCUCUUCCUCUGCAGGGACGGCACCUGCGCGGUCCACAGGAUGAUUCGCUAACUCCUACGGCAGCCCUGCGUAUUUUCCCCUUCCUCUGUCUGCUUCACUUCUGCUUUCACACGAGCCACAGUUUUCCCUGCGGCACUCACCGAGCGAGUAUUGGAGGGCAGCGAGGCAGGGGCUGGGCAGCGCGCCUGGCACUCGUAGUGGCAUUGGUGGCAGCGGCGGUGUUGGCAUCCCCUGUGAAUGCUCCGUAGCCAGGUCGCUGUGGUCAGCAGCCCCCUGCCUGCACGUCCACGUCCCUCUGCUGUCAUCACAAUAAAUGAUAACCGCCA